UGACCGCUGCGACGCUCGUUAGACUCCCCCGGCACCGCUCCUGCAUGGACGCACAGAGCAUCAACGACACGGCGAGCUAUGGCGGUGGUCGCAGUGGCGCAGCAGCCGCUCUCUUCGGCCUCCUGUACGCGGUCGUGUUCGCGCUGGGCGUCUCGGGUAACGUCCUGGUGUGCGUCGCGGUACUGCGCCGACACACCAUGCGCACCGUCACCAACCUGCUGGUGGCCAACCUGGCUCUCUCGGACAUCUUGCUGUGCGCGCUGGCGGUGCCCUUCACGCCGCUCUACCUCUUCCUGGGCCAAUGGCCCUUCGGCACCGCGCUGUGCCACCUGGUACCGUACGCGCAGGGCGUCAGCGUCUACGUCUCCUCGCUUACGCUGACGGCCAUCGCGGUGCACCGGUUCCGCGCCGUCGUCCACCCUCUGCGACCACGGCUGCUGCGGCCGGGGUCCUGCGGCAUCCUGUGCGUCGCCCUGUGGGUAGCCAGCGCUCUGCUCACGCUGCCUUACGCCGCUUUCGUCCGCCUGGUGCGCCACGGGCGCGCCGCCUACUGCGAGGAAGUGUGGCCCUCGGCGCGAGGACGCCAGCUCUUCGGCGCGCUCACCACCGCCGCCCAGUUCGUGCUGCCGCUGGGCGUGGUGGGAGGCUGCUACGUGCGCGUCGGGCGGCGCCUGCGCGGACGCCGCCGCCGCAGCGCGCACCGCACGCAGCUGAUGUUGCUCGCGAUGGUGCUGGCGUUCGCGCUGGCCUGGCUGCCGCUUAACGCGUGCAACCUGCUGGCCGACUUCCACUCCGCGUCACUGGGCUGGCCCAUGGGUGACGUCCUUUUCUUGGCCGCUCACGCGGCCGCCAUGAGCUCGACGUGCUACGACCCGCUGCUGUACGCCUGGUUCAACGACAACUUCCGGCGGCAGUUCGUGAGGAUGCUCCACCCCGACCAGCAGCAGAACACAGUACUCGAGACGCUACGCAGCGACGACCCCCGGUGCAAGGUGAGCGAGCACCACCGUUGCCCAUCUUCUCAGGAGCUCCACCCGGAGAUGGAAGGAUCGAGAGGCAUCGCUGCCACAUUCGUGUGAAUAAACAUUGUCCAUAGUCA